AUGACGACACCGGGUGAUAGCGAGCACAGCAUCGAGGCAGCGCGUCAGCUAACUGCGUUGGAAGGUGCAGUUAAGGCAAUACUCGAUGAGGCUCGCGAAGGAAAGCUCUCUAAAACCAUGGCUUCCAUAAAAGCCGAAAUCCUAGAGUCACUAUGGACCGACGGUAGAAAUGCUCUCCUGCAGCUCGAGGGUCUCGCGGGACCGCAUCCAAGACGGGUCCCCUUCACCGAGGCGUACGCGACGGCAAAAUGCGCUUUGGCCGAGCUGCGCCCGGGAAACUCAUUUGCGACGCCAGCACUCGACGCUACGAUGCUGCCGGCCACUGCAAAGAAGAACCAUCUCCCACGGCUAGACCUACCCAAAUUUUCUGGAUCGCCAUCGGAGUGGCCCGCGUUCGCAGGGCGAUUCAACAAACGCGUGGCUGGGUUGGAAGAAGAUGCAGACCGCUAUGCUUUCCUUAUCCAAUGCUUUGAACGGUGUGAAAUAGCCCGUGACAGCUGCGAAGCAUUUGAAAAUGCUGGGAUGACCUUCCAAGACGCGUGGAAACGUCUUGAGGAACGCUUCUACAAGAAGCGCGUGGCAUUUCUCGGCCACUUUCAGCAGCUGUACGCGUUACCCAAAUUGACAGCAGCGUCUUCAACGGCAUUGAUGCGGCUUAUCGACGCCGUUGAAACAUCGACAUCGUCAGCGCGCCAGAUUGCUGGCAAAAUGGAUCAAGCCGCGUCAGCAGUGGAAGACGGAAUGAUAGUGAGCUUCGUUUUGAGCAAGUUGGACGAAGAAACCGCUGCUCAGAUCACUCGCCGCCUGGAUUCUCAGCAGAUCCCUACGUGGAAAGUACUCCGCAACGAGCUAGAUCAGCUGGCCAACACCCUCUACUACGAACCAAGGGCCAAGCCAGGAAACAACUUCCGGACGGAACGUCCCGCUACGAACCACCCACCGGCGCGGACGGAGCGCGCGAUGCUGUCCGCUACUGUGCUCGCAGAAGGCCGACAUGUGAAUAUCGGAACAGUAGGCAAUAGAAACCAAUCAUGGAUGGCGGUGCGACGGUGUUAUGCGUGCGAUAAAACAGGGCACGGGUCCACGUUGUGUCCGGAACUGCGCGUGCGGUCGUUUUUGGAGCGUACCAAUUACAUAAUGGCCUUAGCUCCAGUUACAGAACCCUAUCCACAAACCAUGCAGCCCUCCGUAAGUGAUAUCGUCUCACAGAAUCUCACUCCACCGGAAGAAACUCCGAACGAAAAGAAAGCAAGGCUUCAAAGGAAGCGACAGGCGUUGUACAGGGCCAAGAAGCGCCUCCCGGGUGCAGCUCCUACGCUGGCAGCUGUACAGGACGACCAACAGGCUGUACCUUCAACUUUGGCCGGGACAUCCUUAUCAGGAGCUCCAGCAAUCUUGCAACAACAACAACUACGAAGGAAUAUUGACGAUGAUUUGCUCAAUGAAAUCGCUGGACGGUACUCCACCCCACCGGAUGAAACACCACCCGAGAAGAAGGCAAGGCUCGCCAGAAAGCGACAGGCACUGUACAAUGCCAGGAAGCGCAUGGUGCAAACUCCGAAUGUCGCAACUGUGGUCAACCGCGCCCCAGCACCAGCAUCAGCACCAGUACCAGCACCAGCACCAGCACCAACACCAGCAUUGGUAGACCCAACUGCAGCAGUUGCUAUCCGAGUGCCAAUACAUCAGCAGCUACAAACAUACGUGCGCCAUCUUCGCGACCAUGAAGCAGAUCAGCAGCGACAAUUCAUAGCCCGGCGUCGUAUGACCGGCCAUCUGAGAGUAGCACAUGGGAACCAUGAGUCGUACAGUUGUCCCUCGCUUCAUACGCUUGCACCACGCGUACCUUGCAAUUUCUGUUCCGCUCUCAAGUGGCCUGGAGAGCCGCCCAGUGUGUGCUGCAACAGUGGACAAGUUGUGCUUCCACCGUUUCCCGAACCGCCAGCAGAGUUGCGCCAACUAUUUGACGUGCCGCAAUUUCUGCUCAACAUCCGGCGAUACAAUAAUGCGUUUGCCUUCACCUCUAUCGGUGCCUCAAUACGAGGAAAUGACCCAGUACGCCAGGAUCUACGAGUCGGUCACGGUGGAAUUUACAACUAUCGCAUACAAGGUGCGCUUUGCCAUCGAAUCGGUUCGCUCGCUGUGCUUCCAGGACGUCCACCAUGCUACGCACAGCUGUACUUUUAUGAUUCAAGCUCGGAGGGUCAGUACGACGAAAUGCUGAACGCUCGGGCCAUAGCAUAUGGUAGUGAGCUGAAUCGUGAAAUAUUGGCCAUUUUGCAACGUGUUUUUUCGACUCACAAUCCGAUUGCAGAGAUGUUUAAGCAUGCGUACGAACGGAUGUCUGUUCGAGAUGAUCUGCGGCUUUGCAUCCACUCGCGUAUACCAGGCAUCGAUCAACGGCGUUACAAUGCACCGACUGCAGAUGAAGUUGGUGGCGUGUUCGUGUGCGAUGAUACUACCGGAGCCACGGAACAUACACGCGAUAUUGUGCUGCAGCAUCGUGCCACAGGAUACUUGCAGCCUGUGUUUGAUACCAACCAGUUGGCAGAUGCACUCCAAUACCCGAUUCUGUUUCCGCGGGGUGAAACCGGUUGGACUUACGGUAUGCCAAAGGUACAGCGCCGAACCAGACAGCAGCAACAACCAAGCAGACCAACAAGUUCGAGCAACGGAGCGGCGCACAUAGAUGAAAAUGAUGAUGCUGCUGAGGAUCCUAAUCCUGAGUUGGAUGGAGCAGAGCGUUCAGCAAAUCAAAUAACACCACGCGAAUAUGCCGCAUAUCGCAUAGCCUGGCGGGAAAACGCUCAAACGCUUAUGCAUCGUGCCGGACGAUUGUUUCAGCAGUACUGUGUAGACCAGUACUGUAAGAUAGAGAUGCAGCGGUUGAAAUAUUUGCGAGAGCACCAGGCACAACUUCGCACUGAGGCGUACACGGGCUUUAUGGAUCUUGCCGGCGCUGAAGGUACCAUCGCGGAUCUUCAUCCCGAUAAUUUGCCUAAUGUGGCUGUGGAAAUCCCUGUAGUGCAAGAACCACCUGUUGCACCCCGUCGUUCCAUCAUCGAUCCGCCCUCGAACCUGUCGCGUACGGGCACGCGUGUUAUUCUCGGACCAUCAUUUGUCGGUAGCAAUCGAUAUAUGCGAGCGCAAUAUCAAGACGCAAUGGCUAUUGUUCGAGCUUUGGGUAAACCGGACCUGUUUAUCACCGUCACGUGCAAUCCGAAGUGGCCGGAAAUCACACAGUGCCUACUUCCACGUCAGCAGGCCCCGGAUCGACCCGAUGUUAUCGUACGUGUCUUUCGGUUAAAGCUGAAAGCCAUACUGAAUGACCUAACCAUGGGAGCUCUCGGGAUUGAGGUAGCUCGCAUUCACGUGAUCGAGUUCCAAAAACGUGGCCUUCCCCAUGCACACAUACUCGUGAUUCUCGCCGAGGAAGACAAACCGCAGACCCCGGCAGACUACGACAAGAUCGUGUCUGCCGAACUUCCUAAUCCUGCAACGUCGUCGCAACUGUUCGAGACGGUACAGAGCUGUAUGAUGCAUGGACCGUGUGGGGCUGCCAAUCCUGCCGCACCUUGCAUGAAGGAUGGUACAUGCGAAAAAGGGUUCCCAAAGUCAUUCUGCGAACAGACGCGCAGCAUGGAUAAUGGCUAUCCACAGUACCGUCGUCGUAACAAUGGGCGCAGUGUGACGGUGAAAGGAAUCGAGCUGGACAACCGGUACGUCGUGCCCUACAACCCAUGGUUCACGCAUAAGUACAAUUGCCACAUCAACGUUGAGGUGUGUACUUCGAUCAGCAGCGUGAAAUAUUUGUACAAAUACGUGUACAAGGGGCACGACCGUCUGAGCGUUACCCUGGCGGUAGGCAACGAUGAAAUUCAGCAGCAUAUCGAUGCACGCUACCUUUCACCGACGGACAGCUGCUGGCGAAUAAUGCGCUUUGAGUUGCAAGCAAAAACGCACACCGUUGUUACACUGCCUAUCCAUCUGGAAAAUCAACAGAACGUGUUUUUCCGGGCAAACGAAACCGUUUCGUGCGUAUUAAACCGUGGUAACCAUACCAUGUUGACACGAUUCUUCCAGCUGGCGGCACAUGACAACUUUGCCAGAGCGCUCCUGUACCACGAUGUCCCGACGUACUACCGGUACGCGAAACCAACUGCGAACCAGCGACUACCGUGGCAGGAACCGGGAACAAAGCACUGGAUCCGUCGCAUACGUACCGGGCACAAGACAGUGAUCGGCCGAAUGGUGUCCUGUAGCAUGCAGCUUAUGGAACGCUACUGCUUACGGUUGCUUCUUUGCUACCGCAAGGGUCCAACAUCGUACGAGGAUCUGCGUACUGUUAACGGUUCGGUGUGCGAAACGUUUCAGCAGGCUGCCAUCAACGAAGGGCUGCUUGAGGAUGAUUCCGAGUGGGAUCGUGCUCUAGAAGAAGCGGCCACUUAUCGUAUGCCCGCCCAGUUGCGCCAUUUCUUCGCACUCAUCCUUUCGUCUGGGAUGCCACAAAACCCGCGCACCCUGUGGGAAAGCUAUGCGAGUGAAAUGAGUGAAGAUUUUCACCACCGCAAUCGCGACCGGUACACGACGGAGGAAUCCGACCUGAAUAAGCUGCUACGUGAUGUUGAACACUUCCGGGCGCUGAGUGACAUCGAUCGCUACCUGCGCGGUACGACGCCAUCGAAGGAUUUGACCAGUUUCCCAGGAAUGCCUCAGCUUUCGGAGUAUGAACACGUUCAGGCACACAUCAUGGACGAUGAUGAUGUCAACGAGUUCAUUAUCGCUGAACGAUCGUAUCUGAUCACGGAUCUCGAUGCUACCUUGCCACCGUACAUCAGCUCAACGACGAACAACGCAUGGUGUACGAAACGGUCACGGCGGCAAUCGAUCGUCAAUUAG